UGGGUUACUUGUCAGGUCUGUCGUGAAGUGUUUUAAAAGAAAAAAAUGAGUGUUUGUAGAGUAAUUCGGCGGGUUUCGGGUUUAAUACCAAGUUGCAGACUCCUUUUAAAGCCAGCGAGGGCGCUCGAAUCGACCACUACCAGAACAACCUUUGACCUUCAACACUAUGUCUCAUUACCAAGGAUCCUCCCUGCAGCAAAUUAUUCAACAGAAAGUCAAGUAGAGGGAAAGCAUGAAUACAUACAAAUGAGAGGUGUGCCCUUCUCAGCAAAUAACAAUGAUGUGAAAGAAUUCCUCAGCGGCAUAGAUGUACAUGAUAUAAUAUACCAAAAUGAAAAUGGCCGCUUCUCAGGGAAUUUAGUGGUUAAAAUAUCAUGCAGUGAUGUUGCAGCAGCUUUAGAGAAAGACAGAUGUUUUAUUGGUUCAAGAUAUGUCCUGGUCAAUCAGUGUACGGAGAUUAUGAAGAGACAACUUGAAAGCAGUAUCAAAGAUUUUAGAACAGGUGAAGAGGAUGGGGUAGCAUACAUAAAAUUGGAGGGAUUGCCCUUCCGAGUGACUGAAGAAGAAAUACGAACAUUCCUAAGUGAUGUAGAUGUGCAUAGUAUAUCAUAUGAUAUGAAAUCUGGUUUAUUCACUGGGACUGCAGUAGUAAAAAUAUCAAGAGAUGAUCUUCUAAAGGCUUGUGACAAACAUAACAACUAUAUUGGUUCUCGAUAUGUUAAUGUAUUUGAAUGCAGAGAGAAGCAGGUAGAUUACAUGAUGGAGAGCAAUGUAGAUGCUGAAGACUUAGAUAUACCGGAAGGUAUGACAUACGUCAGUCUUGUUGGAGUCCCAUUCACUGUCGGGCAUUCAGAAAUAGCAAAUUUCCUAGGUGUGCCAGCAUCUAAAAUACUAAUAGGCCAUACUCCACAAGGUGUUCACAAUGGCGUUGCCUACUGCUUGAUAAGUGAAGAAGACUUACCUGAAGUUUUGAAAAAAGACAAAGAAUAUCUGGGCAACAGAUAUGUUGAUAUUCGAAGAACUCCAUUGGAUAAGCUAAGAUAUGUGAAGCUAGCCAAAGCAUACUUAAGAGAUCAGAGAGACAAUGCUUGUAAGAUACCUGAGACAACUAAACCUACAGAGUAUUGA